AUCAAAUCGAAAUUUCGCACUAAGAAAAAAGACGACAAAAUGUUCAGCUUGGCGGUGGUCGAGGAGGAGAACAUUCAGCUGGAAGAGCAGGCGAUGUCUUCCAUGCCAGAGGACUCAGCGAUGACCGCCGAGUCAGCGAGUGAGUCAGCUCAUGAACAGACCCUGAGGAAGAACCAGACAGUGGGACGAGAUUCGGCAGAGAGGAGCGGAUUUAGCAUAGAUAAAAUUAGGGAAAUGGACGAUAAAGAGGCAGCACGAGAGCCUAAGGAGUACGCAGGCGGAGGACAGUGGCUUGUACAGGUUAACGAGAUCACGCAAACGUGUGACGUCAUGAGGAUGGAGAACGAUGACUAUGCGGAUGCUUUAGAG